AAACAGACAACGGAAUAAAAACAAAUACCACCGCUUUGAGUUAUAUAUAUAAACUCAAUAAACCUCAUCACUCUUCCUUCUUCAUUCUUCCUUCCAAGAUUCUUAUCUUUAUUAAAGAGAAACAAAACUCUUCUUUUAUAAUUAACUUUUCUUUUUUCAUUGUUGUGUUCUCUCUCUCUUUCUCUCGCUGGAGAAAAAUGUUGGCUAUAUUUCACGAGGCCUUUGCUCACCCGCCGGAGGAACUCUACAGUCCGGCGUCUGAGAAAUGCUCUAAACAGCCCAAACUUCCAGAAGAAACCUUAGACGACUUCUUGUCUCGUCACUCUGACAACACUUUCUCCAUGUCUUUCGGAAAAGCAGCUGUUCUUGCUUACGUUCGUCCCUCUGCUUCCUUCUCAGUCCACCAGAGGUUGUUCUGUGGGUUUGAUGACAUCUACUGUCUCUUCUUUGGGAGCUUGAACAAUCUGUGUCAGCUAAACAAGCAAUAUGGUCUGACCAAGACAACAAACGAGGCCAUGUUUGUGAUUGAAGCUUAUAGGACUCUUAGAGACAGAGGUCCUUAUCCAGCUGAUCAGGUCGUCAAGGAUUUAGACGGUAGCUUUGCCUUUGUUGUUUAUGAUAGCAAAGCCGGCUCUGUCUUCACGGCUCUGGGAUCUGAUGGAGGAGUGAAGCUGUUUUGGGGAAUAGCUGCUGAUGGAUCUGUUGUGAUAUCGGAUGAUUUGGAUGUUAUCAAAGAGGGUUGUGCUAAAUCUUUUGCUCCAUUUCCUACUGGAUGUAUGUUCCACAGUGAAGGAGGGUUAAUGAGCUUUGAGCAUCCGAUGAACAAGAUAAAGGCGAUGCCGAGAGUGGACAGUGAAGGAGUCCUAUGUGGUGCUAACUUCAAGGUGGAUGUGUACACGCGUGUUAACAGUAUCCCUCGUCGAGGAAGUGAAGCCAAUUGGUCUCUCUGAAUGCCUUGCAUUCUCUCAACUUCCUAAAUGAUACUUUCCUUUCCGCACUUUCAUGCUCCGUUCUUGUUCUUCUCUACUUCUGUUAUGGAAUAAGCCAUGAAUAAAAACUGUGAAUAGCUUUCGAGGUUCUAUAUAAAAAUAAAUUUCUCAGCGCUCA